AUGGAGAAGAGAUUAUUUUUGACGGCCAGUAUCCGCCAAGAGGAUACAUCCUCGUGCCUGCUGCUCCCCUCGACCAAGUACGAGUUUGCAAGGCACAAGGGUCUCUACGUGCCAAAGGACAUCUUUAAAAAGGUUGAAUCCGACUAUAGUGAAAGAAAAGCAGUUGAGAAAGAAAAGUGGUUGCAAAAACUGGACAAGGCCUACCCCAACAUGCCAUCAAAGGACAGGGCGGAAAUCUGCCGGCUUUGCUCCUCGCAAUUCCUCAAGCUCAAGAUAGACCAACGAGACAUUGCCAUCCUGCAUCAUGUUCAGGAUCGGUAUACAGCCUUGAAGGGCCUCUCCUGGGAUAGGCAAAGUAUGGAAGUAGUCGCCAAGGCACGUCAAGAGGCUGACAAGAUCCUGUCGGUCUGGCGUGGCAGGGACUGA